CCUUAUACCAUGUCCCUAGUGGAAUACCCAGACUCGGACUCGGACAAUGAUGGUGAGCGCAGUGCAGCAACAUCUCCCCAGCCGGUGCAGACUGUCCCCAAGAAUCCUGUGAAGCGCAAACGCACCGAAAAUACUGGGGAUGACCUACCACCGCUUCCGUCAGCAUUCCACGACCUUUAUUCGACGAAUGCCCGGCUCAGCACUAGCGAUGAUCCAAGCCUGCAUGGCGGCCGUAAACGGGCAGUACCUCACGUCGAGGGCAAUUGGCCGAGCCAUGUCUUCCUAGAGUGGAUACCUUCACAGGCCGAGUGUCUUGACCUGCACAGUUUGAUACACCACGUGAAAGACUUACUGAACCGCCAGAAUGAGGCUCGAACAAAGAAGGUACCUAUACCUGAUAUCACGCCGUCUCUACAGUCGGAGCUAGGUGCAACACUACCUUUGCACGUGUCUUUAUCGCGGACACUGCAAAUUAAGACAGAAAACAGGGAGUCGUUUCUCGAAACCCUAAGGUCUUCUUUGCGGAGAGUCGCAGUCCGCGCUUUCCACUUUGGCUUCAAUGGCCUGAAAUGGGUGCCGAACUUUGAGCGAAACCGAUGGUUCUUGGUUCUCGCCAUCAAUAAGCCGGAGCAUGAUGAGCUGAACAGGGUCCUCAAUGCUUGCAAUGAUGCCGCAGAAGACUGUGGCCAUCUGGGGUUAUAUACUGGCGGUCAAGGUGACGGCCCGAUGCAGGACAACUCAACCAGCAACACUUCAGAAAGAAGAAAAGGCGGGCAAACCAAGAGUGAGAAGGCCGACCAUUCGGAGUACUUUCACGUCAGUAUCGCUUGGAAUUUAACAGAGCCUGAUCCCGAAUGGAUCUCCCUAGUUCAAAAUAUCGACAUAAGCAAGUACAUCCAGCCACCACAAGAAUCAUUCGAUGCAGUGAAAGCGAGGGUUGGAAAUGUAGUCCAUAAUAUCGCCUUAACAAAUAAAAGGUCUGGACCCGGAAAAGGAGGAGGACUUCUGGGGUUAGGGUGAUCAUUGUAUUCUAGGAUUGACACCGACGUGGGAACAACAUUCGAAAAGGAGGUCCGGGCCGUAUGAGGUGGUCAACAGGUGGCAGCUUAGAGCAGUUGGAUGAAACCAAGCAAUAGUUUUUAUCGAGUAGAUGAUCACAUUAUACCCUAAUCUAUACCAGAG